CCAAAUUAUAUUAGUCAUAUCCUGAAUAUUCGAAUCGUAUAGGGUACUCCAUAGACUUAGCACUUCUUUGCAAGUAUUUCCUUGCAUUGAACAAGUUACAGUUCUUUGAGUUUGAAUAAUUUAUCGUUUUAUUUCACGGGCUACCUUUGGAAUACUGAAGCAGCGUUGUUUGUAUUCAGCGGUUCGUAAGCAGAGCACAUGGCAAGAUGGCGGACUCGAAGACGAACAAGACAAUUUCUGAUAUAAAAAGAGAAAUCAAAGAGAAAACACAGCUUAUUUUAGAGACUGCGACAAAUGCCAACCUCUUAGUGGAUGUGAUCGAGCUUUCAGAUACAGACCGAAGCGAUGUGCUGCUUUGUUUUAUCAAAUCAGUACACAAGAUUUUUAGCAAACUGUUGAAGGAGAACAAACUGUUCGCAAACAAAAAAUCAGAAACAGAUAAUGAAGAAACUACAGAGGAUCCAGAUGACGUGUUUGCGACCUGGUUAAAUGAUAAAUACAUCGUUGUCGUUAGAAAACUCCUGGAAUGCAUGCAUAAAACAGAUCAAAGUGUAAAGGAACUGGCACUAUGCACUUUAAUGAAAUUUGUGAUUGCAGAAUCAAAAGCUAAAGCCCGGGCGAACAAGAACCCGACAUUUGUAAAUAGCUUUUUCAGGAAGAUAUUUGAUGGCUUGGUUAAUCCCAAUCACAAUAUGGCUGAGCUGAUUGCAAGAUUUGAGGAGUACUUAGAAUAUGAUGAUGUUCGGUUUUAUGUAUUGAAAAACUUGAAGAGAUCCAUAGAGACUUUAGACGAUCCCAAACAAGCAACCAAAUGCUUUAUAGCAAAUGCACAUGCCAUGCUCACAUUAGUGAAAAUGCCGAGUUCUGAGGAUGAGCUUAGCAAUUUUCUGCUCUGUGAAUCCCCAUCUGAGCCCAACAGCAAAGAUUCAAAGCUGCAAGGCCCUAAGUCUCUGAAAGCACACAAGAAAGUGUUUGGCUCAGCUUGGCUUGGACUUACCAGUCUACCACUGACACAGGAUACCCAUAAGAAAGUGUUGCUGAGCCUACAUAAUAAUGUCAUACCACACAUGAAUGAUCCAAAACUCUUGAUGGACUAUCUCACAGACUCUUACAAUAUUGGUGGGGCCAUUAGUCUUCUAGCAUUGAAUGGGCUGUUCAUUUUAAUCCACAAGCACAACUUGGACUACCCUGAGUUUUAUAAGAAGCUAUAUGGCUUGCUCCAGCCUGGCAUUUUCCAUGCUAAAUAUUUGUCACGAUUUUUCCACCUGUUGGAUCUCUUCCUGUCAUCUACUCACCUACCUGCCUACCUAGUGGCCGCCUUCCUUAAAAGGCUGUCAGGUUUGGCGUUGUCUGCUCCCCCGUCCUGUGUAAUGCUGGUGGUGACUUUUGUUGCAAAUAUGCUGAAGAGACACCCAAGCUGCCAAGUCCUGAUCCACAGAAAGAAGGCUGGUCCCCUAUUCCUGACUGAAAACUCUGAUACACUUGCAAGUGAAGACCCAUUCCUCUCCGAAGAGGAAGACCCAGCUAAGUGCAAUGCCUUGCAAAGCUCACUUUGGGAGCUAAAGUCUCUCCAGCAACACUACUACCCUGAGGUUUCACCUCUUGUGGAAUCCCUCCAGAAACCCCUUGGCAAGGAAGAGGCUGACCUGGGGAAGUAUUUUGAUGUGGGUUAUGCAGAUUUGUUUGACAAACAGUGCACUAAUGUUACACCAAAGAAUGCUGUCCUGGAAUUCCAGCCCCCAAAUGGAAUUUUCAGAAAAUACUUCCAAGAACUAUGGAACGUAGAGUGAAAACAGCUUUUUAGGGAGAAAUUCUAUUUCACCAUCCAUAGAAACUUUUGCAUGGUCUAUACUGCUUUGUGAAAUGGUACAGUGGUUGAGUAUAUUUUGUAAUAAAGAUGGUGUCUUUUGGAUCCCACCUUACAGUGUGAUGCAUGUUACCAUGGCCACCUUGAUUGAUAGGGAAAAUGUAACAGGGACAAAAUUUAUUUUUGAGCCUUCACCUUCUCAAGUCUGCAUUUGCAUUUAAUUUUAUUAUAUUUAUGUUUUACUGCAAACCAUCGCAACAGUUUUUUUACAAAUUGACACAUGUUACUGCACCAUCCUAAAAAUGUGUAGAAAGGCUGUCAGGUUGCAAGGCAAUUACUAGAGCCAAUCAUUGGGAAGGUAAUACUCAAGACACACACAAUCAUGCCACUUCAAAAUAAAUGUAUCAAUCAGAGACCAGCUUUCCAUUGCACUCAGACUGGAAAAAUUUCCUUAAGAUAUUUCUUGUAACCACAGUAUCGUGCUUUACUAAAAAUACGAUUAAAAAACUAACAAAAACUAAAAUAGCCUUAUCGUGGUAACUAGUUAAAACUGCAAACACGAACUGUAGGAUUGUGCCUUCUAGUGAAUCGCUACAUUUUGAAUUAAAAGAAAACAUAAAAAUCUUUUGAUAUUAAAAUCACGUAACCCUUUUGCAAAUGUUUUAAGUCGUUCGUUCCCGGCGUUCUCGGGGGCAUUAGUACCUCAUAAGAAACCAUGAUGCCUUGCGGGCUAUGAAAAAGCGAAUUGUCGGACCAAGGUUAUUGUAAAGUUAAAUUCAAAUUUAGCGCUGGGAACGUAAUUUUAAUGAUAAUGAUUAUUAGUCUUCAUCUUCAUUAAUAACAGCACGACUAUAUUACUAUUUUCCUUCCUAAUUAGUAGCUACUGUAAAAUUAUUAUUGAAAAAAAUGCAUAUGCUCAUACCUAGGAAAAUGUUAAGAGUAUUUCUGAUAAAUUUAAUAAAUGGCUUGAUAGUAAACCAUGGCGUUAACAUAAUAACCCUUGCCUCCGACUUAUGUAAUUAUCAAGGUGCUGCCAGAAAAUACUUUUCUCGCCGAUAACAGUUUCAUUAGCGGAAGGGAUGGGUCAGGAAUUCUUCGCUGUUAUGUCAUUAGUUUAGUGUCGCUUUCAGUUCAAUCAAAAGGCACUCUAACAGGAAGGUGCCGCAAAUGUCAGUAGUCACUUUGUGUGAAUCUGCAAGACCCUUGUUAUGGCUUUGUUGCUUGGAUAUUGCUACAAGAAUGCAAUUCUUGUCCUGCGAUUUGUCUUGUAAUUACAUUCAUCUUUAACUUGUCACUCAGCUACUUGCGCUAGUAAUUUCUAGAGCGUGUCUGUGUUUAUUUAACGUCUAGGUUGAGCACUUGCAAGCGAUAGAUUUGUCCAUUAGAAUCAGAUGAAAAUCUAUUUAGCGUGUCUUUGUUGAAUACUUUGAGUGUCUCUAGGAUAAAAAAAUCCAGGCAAUGUGACUAUUUUUUCCAGCGAGUUCUAGUGAUGUCAGAAACUCAGUUAAUGCAUACCGUUCACGCAAUCUCCUCGCUUCGCUAAGCAGCUUUUGAAUACCUACUAAAACUGUCCAAUCAAAGUCGCAUUAAGAAGCCCAGCAUCAAGAUAAUAGGAGACAAAGCAGCUUCGUACUUACUCCUGCUAGUGACGUGAAUUUGCGUGUGAAACCUAGGAAUCAAUCUGUCAUCGAGUGCUGUCAAACACUUGAUCAGAAUACCGAUUGAAGAGAGCAAGACACUCGAAGGGCAUCACAUACGACUGGAAAAAAAACUACCUGAACAAAUAGCGGCACACCAGCCAUGGGGAACGCCAGAUCGGCGAAAUUUAACAUAGAGAGGGAGGAAACUAGAAAAACUAGCACGAGGCAAAAGACGAGAAUUGAACGGUAUUCGCAAAGCGAGCCUUACGAUCCAGUACGGUCUCGCAUACCGAGUGUGUACGCGGAGAGCUCGUCGAGUGAAGUGUCCAAGGAUUCGGAUGUUCUUUCUACGUACUCGACUAAAGAUUCAGCAGCCACAAGUCGCACUGAGACCAUCAAAUCCAGACUCUCUAUGGACUUAAUCGAGCCUGACAACCCGGCAAGGAGAAGCAUGUACUCGAGUCGAGCUGCAGACUCCUUCUUUGACGAGAUUUUUGCGCAAAUUGAACAAGAAGUUGAGAAGUCGCCGCGCUCUCCAACAAGACAUAGCGCCCGGAGUACCCCGAUGACCACGCCGAAAUCGCGCUUUGGGAACUCUACGUUUAAUUAAACGGCAGUACUGACGAUAGAGAGCUGUGCUUUCUUGAAAUAUGAAUUAAAGGCGAUGGAGACGAAGAGAGAGAAUGAGAGUGAUAGUCCAAACGAUAGCAGGGAUAGGACACAUCCGGCAUGAAAUACUCUUAAGUGGAAGAAUGCGAUUGUCACAUUUGUGGAACGAUUCUAUUUCACGGAUAUAAAGGGCAGCUACACGUACCCUGGUAAAGGAACUAGUGUCUUGUUUUGUCCCCUUAUUAAUUUUAACAAGGACUGCAGAAUUAACUCUGACUGACCAAGCUAAAGACGAGAGCACACAGAAAUGGACUGCAAGUGUUUGCUUUUAAGAUCAAUAUAAAUACAUCGACUUAACAUUAACCACUGCAUUAUACUUUUCUUGUUGUGUUAUGAGUCGAGGAUGUUUGUACAUAGAGACAUUAUACAAAAUAAACAAGAACAGUAUGUUAA